AUGGCGGAAGGUGCGGGGAUUGUUGAUCAACAUAAACUCUCAGAUAUUGUGAAAGGAUUACACGGUAGACUCAGGAAACAGUUGAAAAAAGCUAAUGGUGACCACCAAAAAGUAUGGGAGGAACACUGCGCAGAUAAGGCUAGACUGGAGGAAUAUGCAUCAGCAAUGCACUUGUUAGCUGUCAAUCACUGGACAAAACAGGCCCCUGAGGGGAGGGUUGAGUGGUGCUACCAGACUACAACUGAAUUCUUUAGAGGGGGAGGACUGUGGAAACUAAUGGAGAAGCAAAAGAGGAAGCAAAAGUUUCAUGAAGAUUUGAAAGAUUGUUGCUGUUGUUUUGCAACAGGAGAUGCAGAUAUUUGUUCUGUAUCAAUAUAUCCUUCAGUCCAUGAAAAAUUACUUCUCCUUGAUGUUGGAAGUUGUUUUAAUCCAUUUGCUGUUUAUGAAGAUGUUUUCCCAAUAGCUAUUGACUUGCAACCGGCAGAUUCAAUGGUUUACAAAUGUGACUUUCUCAAUCUGGAGAUACAAGAUUUGCCUCCUAUGAAACAAAACAUAUGUGCUUGUGGAGUCUGUGAUCAAAGGGAAGACAAUGACUCAGAACCACAACACUUGGCAAGGGAUCUUUUAGAAUUAAAUGAUGUGUACGUAACAAGUGUUGGAGGGGAAAGCAAUGAAACUUCACUUCAAUCCGACAAACUGAAUGUAAACUGUGAUAACGAAUACUUAAAGAGAGAUUUUAUUAGAGAGAGAGCUGAAAUACUGCAUUUAAAAAGCUAUUUAAGUGAAGAAAAGCAGUUGAAGACUCUUCCUUCUGAGCUAUUCCACGUCAUUGUGUUUUCCCUUUUGCUCUCAUACUUCCCUUCUGCUGUGCAAAGAUGGACUUGUUGUCGCAAAGCACAUCAACUGUUACGACCAAAUGGGCUUCUUCUCAUUAUUACACCCGACUCAAGCCAUCAAAACAAGAACGCGGCCAUGAUGAAGUCUUGGAAGGCUGGGAUCGAGUCUUUAGGAUUUGUCCGAUGGAAGUACGAGAAACACACCCAUCUUCACUGUAUGGCAUUUCGUAAGGUGGCACCAUGCCAUUAUUGUAAGCGUGGCAAUGGCCAUGUAGAAAUGAUGUACAUUCCACAAGAUUUUCAAGAGGAAGAUGAGGGUUGUUCGGGGGAUUCACGAAAUGAACAGGACGAGUCCAUCGUAAUGGAGUGUUUAAGUGAGCUUCCAGACUUAUGAAAACAACAACAACAACAACAAUAACAACAACAACAAAGACAGCAACAAAAACAAAACAAAUUCAAAAUUAAAAAACAAAGGGAUAUUCAAUCAUCUAGUCAAAGUUUGUAAGGUUUUUUAACUUAAGAUCAUCUUUGCGCCAACUGUUUUUCAUAAUUGCUGUAUAUGUUUUUUUUUAACCCGAAAUAUUUUUCACGCGCGAAUCAACUUCAGAUCCUUAUUUGUUGUGGAUGAAGGGGACGAUGCCCCGUCGAGACGUUUCCGUUUUGCUUCGUUUAAAAACAAAGACCUCUCCUAUCUCUGGGAUGAUAUGGUGAAAUUAUACCCAUUGUGCUGCAAGAUUUUAUUUAUAGAAACUGAAAAUACAAGGGUUUAUUCAUAGCUAGCGAACAUCAGUGAAGAAGAAAGGUUCAAAGAAAGACAUGAGUUUUUUUACCGUUUUCCGUUUGCCGAGAAUAGAAGAAAAAUUGCGCCUAUCGAAAGCAUUUUUCAUCUCCCUUAAAUGGAAGAUAUUUGUUACGUUCAGUGUUCUCAGACAUCAAGAUUAAAUCAGCUUAGUAUUUGGGA